GAAGAGUCAAUCGAUGAAGCUUUAACAAAUCCAGAAGAUUCUAUCGAAGGCGACGAUGCUUGCAUAAAUUUAUUCGACGAUCCGUGUACGCCGGAAAAAAUUCGAGACGCACCGAUCACAUAUGAAUCUCCUCUGUACCACUCACCGAUUAUACGUUCGUCUAGAAGAUUUAAUUUAGUUUCUAAAAGAAAUAAUAUCGUGCAGCGUGAUAAGUUGCUGCCGGUGAAUAUACCAUCGUCGGAAGUAUGGUAUCCAGAGGAGACGGAUGAAGAUGAAAUAAUACUUGUCAAUCGUACGAACAACGUGAAAACAUACUAUCCUAAAGGUUACGCAGAAAAAAAUUCGCAAAGUUCGUUAGGGAUUUAUUGGAAUAACAUAUAUCCUUCGGGAUACUUCUCAUUGAGCGAUUUACUUUGGGAGGAGUUUGUCAAAAAAAAUCGCAAGGAGAUAUCUCAAUAUUUAGCACCGUCCUCCGCGCGAGUACCAGUCAAAGAGUACGACUCGGAGUUUCAACGCAAAUUUCCUGAUAUCCCUCCGAAAUUUGAAAGUCUUCCAGUUCCACCAGGAAUGAUAUGCAUUCGAGGACGCUCGAACAGAGUUUCGCAAAAAUGGGUAACGUAUGUUGAUGAUCCCAUCAAAUCCGAGAACAAAAAAAAUAACGUACGUCAAACGAAGGCUCGAACGAGAAAUAAAAGAAAACAGAAAGAAAGAAUGAUAAUGUUGCAAUCUGCACGGAAUGAAACUAACGUGUUCGAUAUAGAGGAUGAGAUAGACACCGAAUUUGAAACCGGUGGUCAGGAUGGUAAACGAAUGUCCUUGUCUGAAUUUCGUCAGAAACGAAAACAUGAGAAAUUGUCUUCAGCAUCUUGUCACUCGCGAACGCAGCAAGACUAAAUGAUGCGUUUAUGCGUUCUAUUUCGUUAUUUAUACAUUUGUUUAUAUAUUUGAUAUUUAUUUUGCAUUUAUACUUGUUACAAUUUUUUGUAUAGAUCUAUAAUCAAGAAAUGAUUGUUAGUAUUUUCUAAUUAUGUUAAAGAUUUGUUCUAUAAAUCUAAUAAAUUUUUUUCCAUGCGUGUUUUAAUGCAUAUCAGAUGCAAUAAAAUUAUGAUGAUACGCCAUAAUAUUUACAAUACAAAGAUACGUAUAAUUAUACGCAUUUCAUCAUGUAUAACAAUUCUCUUUUUCAUACUGGUUUAUGAAAUGUAUUACUAUAUACUAAUUAUUAUUACAUAUUGUGAUUAUCAUUAUUUUUGUAUACGUGUAUAGUUCCACACAUGUGUGUGUAUAAUUAUAUACUAUUAAUUGGAUAAUAUUAUUUAAGAUGGGCACACAUAAAAGAGCUUUUGCUCUAGCUUCUCUCGAUUCUGUAUUUAAAUUGAUAUAAUUUACGACAUGAAAUAUGUAAACAACAAAUCAUGUGACCUUAAAAAGAAAAUUAUAUUAUUCUUUGAUGUCCUUUUAAUAAACUUUUCGUUUCAAGCAAUCAACAUCGUAAAAUUUUGCUAAUCUCAAUUUCCUUCCUAUAUUAACAUACAUAUUUAUUCUAAUCGCCGAGUUUCUUCUAUCUGCCAGAUCAAGAUCUUCUAAAAUAUUCUACAAAAUCUUCUUUGAGAGUCAUUUCGUUCUAGUGCCUGUAUAUUUACAAAAGAUAUUCUAAUAUUUUUAUUUUUUAAUUGAAAGC